AUGGAGUCAACGCUGGAGGUAUUUGACGUUCAAGAACGGGACAUUAGCGAGAUCACACCGCCGAGCUUCCCACAGCCGUCGGCGCCUUCGGUCGGAGGAUAUCCCCCCCACAAAAAGCGCGUGUCGGCCUUCAAGCAGCGACAGGCAAAGGCAUCCGCCGCGAAGGAACAGCCGAAGUCUCCAGAGUCGUCAUUGCGGAACAAUGCAUGGUUCGACGAGCGCCGCGGAAUUCACGAGGAGAACCAGGCGCUGCUCGACUCGAUGACGCCCGAGCAGAUCGAGGAGACGCGUAGGCAGCUAUUUGGCCAGCUCGACCCCAACUUCAUCCAGUCACUGUUGCGCCGUGCCCGGAUCGACGAGCCAACUAUUCCUGAGCCCAUUGACGCGGCAGCUCAAGAAUCGAAGCCGUCGUCAGCCACAGGCCCGCAGCCGAAAGCGAGACAAGUGACGGUUGAGGACGCGCCAGAUGAGGUGACAGCACCAAAGGCACCAGAGAAACAGGCAGAGACAUCGAUGCCGAUGGGAUCAUCAAGCGCUACAAAUACGAAGCCCUCAUCUGCCGAGCCCGCAAAACCCAAGAAAACCGUCACCUUCGACGAGGACGCCGCCCCGCUGAUACCCCCAGAAGACCUCUUCCCCGCGGCUAAUCCCCCUCCCCCGACGAAACCCAGCACCAAGAAAAUCGCCCGCCCUGAAGAGCGCAGCCAACUCGACGACGCCGAUAACCUCUCGCACAGCCACAAAACCCACUUCCCCCGUCCCCCACGCGUCCCUGACCUCGACCCCAAUGACCCUAACUUCCUCGAGAACCUCCACAAAAAGUACUUCCCCGAUUUACCCGCUGAUCCCUCCAAGCUAGCCUGGAUGGCGCCCAUCCCAACGCCGGACUCAGAUGCCGAUAAAGAGAGCCCAUACUAUCCCGGACAGGACUCCCUUCCGAUCUCCGCGCUGCGGUUCGAUUUCCGCGGCGCGUUGUUACCGCCGAGGGUGAGUCGAACUAUACCCGUGACAAAAGGGCUGCACCAUCAUGGUGAGGCACCCGAGGCGGCGGGGUAUACUAUCCCGGAGCUGGCCCGCCUAGCAAGGUCGGCGGUGCCGGGGCAGAGGUGUCUUGCGUAUCAGACGCUGGGGAGGAUUUUGUACCGGUUGGGGAUUGGGGAGUUUGGGACGGGAGAAGGAGGGAGGAAUGGAGAGGAUGAUGAUUUGGCGUUUGCGCUGUGGAGACUGUUUCAGGAAGGCAGGAUAAUCGAGAUAUUGGAGUGGGAGGCUGGGCAGCCUGAUGGGAAGGGGCAUUUGAGUGCCAAAGCGUAUGCCACAGAGGCCUUGUGGUUGUUUGAGAAGGGUGGGUGGAAGGAGAGGUGGAAGGGAAGGUAA